CAGAGUUUAGCAUUACCAGUAUAUCAAAACAAAACCGUUAAAAUGUCCAAAAAAAAGCAAAGAGUUACUUAUAUAGAUAGGGGAGAGCCGGCUUUUAUAGCGGAGAUGAAAAGAAAGGCUGGAUUAAACUAUCAAGAGCCGACUAUUGAAUCAAAGAACAUUGAAGAAAAUCAUGAACCCGAUAGUGACGACGACGAAGAAACCGGAGAUUUAGCUCCUUCUGUAGUAGUCUUAAAGAGAGGUGACCUUGGAGAAGAAGAAUUUAAAAAGCUUAGAGAUGAAGAAAAAGCUAAAAAGGAUGCUGAAAAGGUAGCCGAUGGAAAGAUGACUUAUAGAAAUGCUACAAAGAGGUCUUCAGAAAAAACUGAAAAAGAAGAAAAUGCUAAACGGAAGAAAGAAGAAAAAUCAGUUAAAAACGACGCUAAAGCUCAUAAGAAUACCAAUCUCUUAUCAUUUGGGGACGACGAAGAAGAGGAUGGUUAGAAAUGACUAGAAAUAUAUCCACAAUAACGUCACAUUUCUAUAAUGUUUUUUCAUAUGACUUUUAUUCUUUUUGUUCUUUUUCCUGAUAUUUUUUAAUUGAAAAGACAAAAGUCUCUUAUAAUUUAAAUAAACAAGGUGAAAAAUUCUUGAUUUUAUUUAUCAGCAAUAAGGAUUAUUUAUAACUCAUUUCAAAUUCAAAACAAAGUGUGGCAGCUGCAAAAUGGUAACAUAUUUAUAAAAUACACUUUUAACC